CUCCAUAAGAAACCUCGAGAACCAGCAUUUGCACCUCACCCAUAGUCUGUUCAUUCCCAUCACCAUCACAGGUGUCUAGUCAAUGGUGAACGCUUACAACGCAUUAGCGAGUGCGCUGGCCGCAUUCGCCCUACUAUCCUCCACGCCAAGAACGUACGUGUCCGGGUUUUCUUUCCAUAACGAAAGCUCUUGCCCACCCAAAGGCGAAAUCCCCGAUGCCUGCGGUGCCUCCUUCACCUCCGUCGAUACUGUCAACACCAACAUCGCACCCCUCAUCCACGACCUCACCACGCAUACCGACUUUUUCGGGUACUACCGCCUAAACCUAUAUGAGGCAAAGUGUCCGUGGAUAAGUGAUCACAACGCAUUAUGUGGGAAUCGGGCAUGUGCGGUUGAGACGAUUGAUGACGAGGAUGACGUUCCGGAGGUCUGGAGGAUGCGGUCACUCGGAAAACUGGAAGGGCCAUCAGCUCGACACGCUCCUGUACGAGACGCAAACACCGCGACCGGGGCACGGGAAGGGAACGAGUACAAACCACUCGGAGGAGCACUAGGCCCCUCCGUCGCCGAACCCUGCGUAGUCCAAGAAGACGGUCUUUGCGACCGGGACUACUGUAUCCCGGAAGACGAGGAAGCGGGCUCGUCGGACGCCGUGUAUGUCUCCCUCGUUAACAACCCUGAGCGGUUUACGGGAUAUGGUGGGCCUCAUGCGCAUUCGAUUUGGAGGGCGAUUUAUCAUGAGAAUUGUUUUCCGUCGCAUUUGGGGAGGCAUACGGGGUGUGAGGAGCAUGAGCAUGAGGGGGAGGGUGGGACUGGAGGGUUUCCGGGGAGUGGGUUGGGACAGGUGGUGAUGGAGUACAGCAAGCACAAAGUCGCGCGGGACGAAGACGACGGCGAAGCUUCCCGUGAAGCCCUCAUCGAAGAACAAGACGUCUGUCUCGAGAAACGGGUCUUUUAUCGUGUUAUCUCUGGUAUGCACGCAUCUAUCUCGACGCAUCUUUGCUGGGAGUAUCUCGAUCAGAUGACAGGGGAGUGGUAUCCAAACCUCCGAUGUUUCGAGAAGAGGGUUGCGAACCAUACCGAUCGUAUCGAGAACUUGUAUUUCAAUUACGUCCUUGUCGCCCGCGCCAUCGCAAAACUCGAAAAGUACCUCGAUACGUAUACGUACUGCGGUACCGACUCUGCGCAGUCCUCCCUCACAAAGGAAAAAGUGGACAAACUCGUUACCGCAGUCGCUGAAGCCCCAAUCCGAUUCGACGAGUCGAUCAUGUUCGACCCACGCGUCGACUCGUCCGCUCUCGCCCUUAAAGAAGAUUUCCGCACUCGGUUCCAAAACGUGUCUCGCCUCAUGGACUGCGUCGGCUGCGAUAAAUGCCGGCUCUGGGGAAAACUCCAAACAGCUGGCUACGGGACCGCCUUGAAGAUCUUAUUCGAGUAUGACGAUGACGAGAGUACACCGCAGCCUAGUGUUGGUAGUGUGGGUGGGUUGAGAAGGACGGAAUUGGUUGCGUUGUUUAAUACGUUUGGGAGGUUGAGUCGGAGUGUUGAAGCUGUUGAUGGGUUUAGGAGGUUGAAGAGACGGGAGCUUGGGUUGCCGGAGGAUGAGGUUGUGUAUAUCGAGCCGGCGCGGGACAGCAGGAAGAAGAGUGUUAGCACGAACACAACGGAGAAGAAGACGGUCAUCCCGUCCUGGGCGGAAGUGAAAGAAGAGGUCAGGAUCGAGUUCCAUAAUGUGGAGGAAGCGUUGAGGCAUAUCGUGCGGGGCUGGGUCAAGCUGCCAGUGAAUUUGUGGAAGCGGUUGAUUU